ACAACUUCCAACCAAGAAGAGAUUAAUAAUGCUAUUAAAGAAGUUAACAAAAGACAAGAGACAAGUAUUCCUUUAAUUGAAAAUAUGACAGAUACAGAAGUAUUUGAUGAUAUUAAGGGCUAG